AUGACAUUAGAAAUUCAUUCUUCAGGUGAUCAAGAUGAUCAGUACAAAGAUACUACCCCAGUAACCAAGCAACCUCAAAAUAAACCAGAAAUGGUACUUAAGAAUUUUGCAAGGUCUUAUGAAACUCCGAAGGGUGGUACUUACCAGAGUUUUAUUGAAAACUUAGGUAAAAUGUUUGGUACUUGUGGUGUCUGUUGUUUCUGUUGCGACAAUCCUUAUAAGGAAGUCAAGCAAGGUGAAGUUGGACUUAUCCAAACAUUUGGUGCUUUAUCUAGAACCGUGGAACCUGGGUUAUGUUAUGUUAACACUUGGUCUGAAAAGCUUUACAAAGUCAACAUCAAGAUCAACAUUAGAGAGAUUCCUGCUCAACGUUGUUUCACCAGAGAUAACGUUAGUGUAAUUAUCACCUCGGUCGUUUACUACAAUAUUAUCGAUCCUCAAAAGGCUAUUUAUAGUAUUUCUAACAUUGAUGAAGCUAUUAUUGAAAGAACCCAAACUACCUUGAGAGACGUCAUUGGUGGUAGAACAUUACAAGAAGUUGUUGAAAGAAGAGAAGCAAUUGCUGAAGCCAUUGAGUCCAUCAUUGCCAAGACUGCCUUUGAUUGGGGUGUUAAUGUCGAGUCAAUUUUGAUUAAGGACUUGCAAUUACCUGAAAAGGUUCAAUCCUCCUUAUCUAUGGCUACAGAAGCCAAGAGAAUUGGUGAAGGCAAGAUUAUUAAUGCCAAGGCUGAAGUUGAAAGUGCCAAAUUGAUGAGAAAGGCUGCCGAUAUCUUGGCCUCAAAGCCUGCCAUGCAAAUUAGAUACUUGGAUGCUAUGCAAAACAUGGCUAAGAGUCCAGGUACCAGAGUUAUCUUUAUGCCAUCUGCCCAAGAGAUUGAAAAGAUGGCGGGUUCUAAUGUUGGCGGUAAUGUUUCUGCUCCUGCUCAGACUUCGAAUGUUGGCGGUAGCAUUUUAGAAGAGGACUCAGAUUGGGCCGGUCAUACUGAGCUCUCUCCCGUUAACACUGGAUCAGCCAAUAGGAAUAGACAAAUGGCAGAUACAGUUGCUUUGCAGGAAGCACUCAAGUAA